CGGCCCGGCACGCUGAGGGUCGCUCGUGGCCGAGGGUCGGGCGCGUGUUGUGGGCUCCGGGCGUGCGCCGCCGAAGAGCGCCGGGCCGGCCGGCGGGCGGUUAGCUUCCCGCUCGACGCGGGGAGGGUUGGCACGCCGGGCGCCGCUCGGCCUCGGCGGGCGGCGACGGCCGGGCCCUCGGGUCCUCUGUCCCGGGCCGGAGCCAGCGGGUGCCCCGGCAGAGAGACGGGCGGCCGGGCUCCCUGGUCCCGGGCGCCCCCCGGCUGGGGCGAGGCGACCAUGUCCGCUCGCGCCCCGGGGCCCGCCGCUCCGCGUCGGGAAGACCCGCCCGCGGUGGCCGCCAACCGGGAGCCGCUGUUGAGCUCGGUGAGCCGGCAGGCCGAGCAGCCGCCCCCUCCGGAGCCAGACGGCGGGGAGGUGGCGAGGGCGGAGCGCGUUGCGGCCGCCCUCAGCGCGGGGGCGCGGGGCGAACCGUCUCCGGCCUCGGUACUGGGGCGCAGCGUGCCUCAGGCGGCCGUGCCCGUGCGGCCCCUGGCGCUGCACCUGGCACACAAGGCGCGCGGCUCCGGGGGCCCCUCGGCCGGGGAGCCCCCCACCCCGCCGCCCACGCUCCCGCCACGGGGUCCGCCGGCCGAGGACGCCCGAGAGGAGCUGCCCGCUGCGGUCCCGGUGGAGAAGCUGCAGCCGCCGCCGCCUAAAGAGAACCCGUGGACCAAAAAGCCGCCACAACACCUGGCCCCCGCCGCGCCGGAGCCGUCGCCGCCCCCGCCGGACGCCCCGGGAGCAGAGCUCAGUUCCCCAAAACUUGUAAAAGCAGGAAUGUUGAAGACAAAGAAAUCCAAUAAGGCCAGCGAUUUCAGCGAUAUGGCUCUUUGGCCAACACCAGGUGAAUUAGUGAACACUGGAUUUCAGAGUGUCCUAAGCCAAGGAAAUAAGAAGCCUCAAAUUAGAAAAGAAAAAGAAGAGAAGGUCGAAAAGAGAAGUAACAGUGAGAGCAAAGAAAACAGAGAAACCAAGUUAAAUGGUCCUGGUGAAAAUGUGAGUGAGGAUGAGGCUCAGUCAAGUAACCAUCGGAAGAGAGCUAAUAAGCACAAGUGGGUACCACUCCACUUAGAUGAUCUUAGGCCAGACAGUCAAGAAAGACCUGGAUCCCGGAAUAAUUCAAGAUGUCAAGCUGAAGCAAAUAAGUCAGCACACAAUAAUAGGCGAAAUGAUACACGAAGUUGGCGGCGAGAAAGAGAAAAAAGAGAAGAUCAAGAUGAAGUAUCCAGUGUGAGAAGUGAGGGUGGUACUAUCCGAGGUUCCUUCAGAGGCCGAGGAAGAGGCCGAGGAUGGGGAAGAGGACGAGGCAGAGGAAAUUCUCGACUGAACUUUGAGUAUACAUAUGGUUAUGGAGAACAUGGUGAAAGGACUGAUCAACCAUUUCAAACAGAACUUAAUACCAGCAUGAUGUAUUACUAUGAUGAUGGGACAGGCGUACAAGUGUAUCAUGUGGAGGAAGCAUUGCUUAAAGAAUACAUUAAACGUCAAAUUGAAUAUUACUUUAGUAUAGAAAAUUUGGAACGAGAUUUCUUUCUUCGGAGGAAAAUGGAUGAACAAGGUUUCUUGCCUAUUUCCCUUAUUGCUGGUUUUCACCGAGUUCGGGCUCUUACCACAAACCUUAAUCUCAUCUUAGAGGCGCUGAAGGAUAGCACAGAAGUUGAAAUUGUAGAUGAGAAAAUGAGAAAAAGAGUAGAACCAGAAAAAUGGCCAAUUCCAGGCCCUCCUCCACGGACUGUGCCGCAAACAGAUUUCUCUCAACUGAUUGAUUGUCCAGAGUUUGUACCAGGCCAAGCUUUUUGCUCACAUACAGAGUCUGCCCCAAAUUCUCCAAGAAUUGGAAGUCCUUUGAUUCCAAAGAAAAAUACUGAAACAAGUAGUCUUCAAGCAAUGUUUAGAGGUUUGUCUACCAGUUUACCUGACUUGGAUUCAGAACCUUGGAUAGAAGCAAAAAUGAGGCAUCAUGUGUCCCCAGUGGAAUUAAAGGAAUCAGUAUCUAGACCUGAAGAGGCAUCAAAUCAAUAGUGUCUUCCAGAAGAAAAAAUACAAAAAGAACUUGAUUCUCUAUUUGAGGAAGAGAUGGUAAAUGGAUGAAAAAAGACGUUUACUGAUUGGUCUGAUAAUGAUAGAGAUUAUGAAAUUGAUGCCCGGGAUUUAAACAGGAUUUUGAUUGUAACUCCACCUUAUAUGAGAAAACUUUCUGGAAAUUGAGCAGGCUACCACAUGUCUCAGGCAAAACUUACAUCAGACGUUGCUAAAGUUAUCAGUGAUGGUUUAUAUUACUAUGAGGAGGAUUUGUGGAUGGAUGAAGAUGAAAAACAUGCAGCAAUAAAGAGCACAAGAAAGAGAAAGACGAAGCACAGUGCACGUCCCCCUCUAGAGUGUCAUGUUGGUUGGGUGAUGGAUUCCAGAGAUCACAGGCCCAGAACAUCCUCUGUCAGCAGCAGUUCAAACCCUUCACCUUCAGAAGCUGCAUCACUUGUGGGGAGCUGUGGAUGUGCCCCCCACCCACUCCCCAAGUUCCAGCACCCUUCUCAUGAACUUUUGAAGGAAAAUGGCUUUACCCAACAAAUGUAUCACAAGUAUCGCCUAAGAUGUCUAAGCGAAAGAAAACGCUUGGGAAUUGGACAGUCCCAAGAAAUGAAUACCCUCUUUCGUUUCUGGUCCUUUUUCCUCAGAGAUCACUUCAAUAAAAAAAUGUAUGAGGAAUUUAGACAACUUGCUUGGGAAGAUGCAAAAGAAAAUUACAGGUAUGGGUUAGAAUGUCUGUUCAGGUUUUAUAGUUACGGACUGGAAAAAAAUUUCAGACAAGAAAUUUUUAAGGAUUUCCAAGAAGAAACCAAAAAAGAUUACGAAUCUGGUCAGCUGUAUGGACUAGAAAAAUUUUGGGCCUAUCUGAAAUACUCUCAAUCUAAGACACAUUCUGUUGACCCAAAGCUUCAAGAAUACCUCUGUAGUUUUAAGAAGUUAGAAGACUUCCGCGCUGAUCCUCCGAUUAGUGAGGAAUCGGGAAGGAAAACGCCUACAUCUACCUCUGCCGAGGAGAAUAAUAGUCACAGACUUGUGUCCGGCUCCUCCGCAAAGGCUGCCGCCACCGCCCAGCUGACUUCCAGCGCGCAGCCUCCGGUGCCCUCUCCCAGACUGCGCUCUUCCCAGGCCUCGGGCCGCAGCUCACCCCAGGACCAGGACCUCACUGCUGCUGCCGACCCAACGAACCCAACGAACGGUGAAAUUCCCCUGGAGAAAUAGACUCUUAGGAAAAUUGUGUGUCCUUGAAGUCAGUAUUUACAUCAGGAUUUGUUUGGGGAAAAAAAAUCUUCUGAUGUCUAUGAUAAUCAGAAAAAAGGAAAAGGAAGAUGAAUGGUAGCAUUUUUAAAAAGCAAGGUAAAUUGCAAACGCAUUUUCCCGGGCUUCACAAAGGAAGGAUAGUUUUGGUGCCCUUUAAAGAGAUCCUCUAGUAAUGCAAUUUGGGCUCAGUACUUUCUUAAUCCGAUGUUUACAAGAACAGUGUUCUUUCAGUAUGUUAAAAGCAGCGCAAGGAAUGCCAGCGGUGUAGUGCGCUUCUUGCAGAAAAUAUAGUGUGUGCUGUGUUCAUCUCUUGCACAGUGAGCUCUCUGGAUGACCCAGCUGCUUCCUGUCAGCUCCUAUUUGAACUUCUGUUCAUAGGUUACCUAUGUGUUUUUAAAUUCAGAAAAAAGAAUAUGAAAGAGACAUUUACUUUUUCUUUCAGAUGCACAGGUUCAAAGGAAACUUGUUUUAAGUAAUAAUUAACGUUGAAAUGUAUGCACUUUCGAUGCCCUCUCUCCCCCUUGGUCAUAUUUUGUGAUUUUCCUAGUUGUGUCAGUGUGGAGUUUUUCUGAAUUGGUAUAAAUUGGUUACAUAUUUGGAGAUACUCAGUUUUGUGAUUCUGUGUAAGCUUGCAGUAAUUAAAAACUGCAUUGGUACUGGUUAGACUAUUGUCCUAAAUAAAUUAAAACUGCUUUGGAUGUAUCUGUUGUUUGUACAUCCACAAGUAUGUCACAAGCAGUCAGAUCAAUUUAAAAGUAAUAGUUAAUGUUUGUUUUUAUUUUAAUUCUGUAGUAUGCUCAUAAGUGUUUUCAAGAGUUAUUAAAAAUUGGUUUCUAAUUUUUCCUGUAAUUGAAAUUAAUGUAAACGAUCGUUUGAGGUUUUGUGAGAUUUUAAAAAAAUAAAGCAUUUAUUCUAUA